GACAGACUUCUUAGUUAGAUUUUUGUGAGUGAAGAAGCAAGUGAAGAAAUUCUUUACCUCGACAUCCUCCGACUUGCUCGAAGUUGCUGCAACUAAUAACACAAAGAAAACACAGAUAAAACUCUUCAUUUUGUGCCGGUUUGUGUGCAACUGUACCCAACGUCAAGUGAGUAUCGGUGCUACUUUUUUGAAAAUCCCGCCACAUACCAGUGACACCAUGGCGGCUGUUAUACCUGCAGUUACGAAACUUUCCGCCCGGAUUAUCCGGGUUUUGGGCUGCAACCCCGGAAUUAUGACCCUGCAAGGGACCAACACUUACAUCAUCGGCACCGGAAAGAGGCGCAUUUUGGUGGACACUGGCGAUGCCGACGUCCCCCAAUACAUCAACCACUUGAAGAGCGUCCUCAAGCACGAAGACAUCGAUUUGGCCCACAUUUUCAUAUCGCAUUGGCACCACGACCACAUGGGUGGCCUCCUCGACGUCUUAGACCUCAAAGACAAGACAAAGUACACCCAGGUGUGGAAGUACCCGCGAAGCGAGGGUGAGAGCCUCCCCGACGGCUGCACCAUCGACUUCCUGAAAGACGGUCAGGAGUUCAGCGUCGAGGGGGCCACCGUGCGCGUGGUGCACACUCCUGGCCACACCACCGACCACAUCGUCCUCCACCUAGUCGAAGAAAACGCAGUAUUCAGCGGCGAUUGUGUCUUAGGCGAAGGCACAGCCGUGUUUGAAGAUUUGUACGACUACAUGAACUCGUUGCAAGAGAUUGCCGACUUGGAACCGGCGGUGGUCUAUCCCGGUCACGGCAAUGUCAUCCAUAGUCCGAAGGAGAAAAUCGAGUUCUACAUCCAACACCGGAAGGAGAGAGAACAGCAAAUUUUGAAUAUUCUGAUCAAUAAUAGACAGAAGCAGUUCAAUGAAAUGGAGUUGGUUAAAAUGAUUUAUACGGAUACUCCGGAGAAGUUGCUCAAAGCGGCCGAGUCGAAUGUUAAUCAUCAUUUAGUCAAGUUGUUGAAAGAUAAUAAAGUCGCGCAGUUUAAUAACCUUUGGCAAUAUAAUGAUACUUGUAAAACGAUCUGAUUGUCGCAAGAAAUUGUCUGUUCGUUGAACUGAAACAAGGCUGUUAUCAUUGCAAUGUAUUAUAUGUUCUGUUCUUUGUCUUUUGUAUUGUUAAGGCUAGGUUAAGUUACUCUUAUCGUUAAAUGUAUUAUAAUUUUAAUUAUUAUAGUAUUUAAAUUGAUAUUAAAAAAAUUGAAAUCAAAAAAAA